AUGCCAGCCCUCACCCUCCACCUCCUCACCCUAACCCCACCAACAACCCCCGAAUCCUUCAUCGCCCAACUAUCCAAGUCCCCAGAAACAAAGAUAAUAGUCGCAUCCCGACCUCGACAAACAGUAAUCCACCCAACUAUCCUAGACACAAACUCCCUCACAACCGAGAAAUGGGAUCUCCUCCUCCUCUUACAACCAACAAACCCAAGCAUCGCCAACAAAAACCCAAUCCCAGCAUCCCUCCACGCAACCAUAAAAUCCGAAUACAAAAUAACAGCUGGAAUCCCCUCGAAACUCCUCUCAACCUACUCGUCCAAAGACAAAACCCUCAAAUCAAAACCCCAACCACCCUUAACAGGCUCCCUCUCCAAAGCCCUAGCCUCAGAUUCAAAAUCCACAUCCCAGAACCUGGAACUAUCACCCACACUCAUACAAUUCAUGAAUGAAUUAUGCGAAACGCAUACCGGCCCUGUGACAAUGUUAAAUCUGCUCCAUUUUAACCAUCCCGAUGGUAAGAAGAGUUAUUUUAACUAUGGGCAGGCAUUUAUUCCUGUUGCUGGCAAGCGUGGUGGUGAUGCGAAGAUUGUCGGGAAUGUGGUUAGACCUGCUGAGGGCGCUGGGGAUUCUAGAGGACCCAAUGCGCGUCCUGGGGAGGAGUGGUGGAAUGAGAUUUCUAUUGUGCAUUAUCCCUCUAUUCGGCACUUUUGUGAUAUGCUUGCUGGUGAGGAUUAUCAGAGGAUUAAUGAGGAACAUCGGUUGUCGGCGCUGCGGGAUACAUUCUUGCUUUGCACGACCGAGUUUGAUGUCGAGAGUCUGGCGAGCUCGAAGCUGUGA